GGCCUCAGCGUUUCUAUUCCCUAUCUAUAACCCGGUUUUCCGGAGGAUAUCUCUCACUGGCAUGCGCACAAAUCCGCCUUCCCUUGAAAUUUUUCACUACGCGCCAGCCGCAAUGAUAAAUAUUUAAUUUUCUCUCUCUCCAAAAAAAUCUACCGGACAGUACUUGACAGCAUCGCAUGCUAACACGGGAAGUCAAUGGGACAGCCCCGCGCAUGCGCCAGGGUUUUGGCACGCCGGCUGCGGAAACCCGACUCAUGCGCAGUUAAACAUCCUUUAUGGCGUGUAGCCGUCGUUUUCAUUGGCUAAUCGGUGCACAGCCGGGUACGGCACCUAGGGGUUGUAUGGAGGCCGCGCGGGGCCAAAAUUAGUGUAGGUGCUGCAAUAGCCACGGCAGAUGCACGUCUUUUUGAGCCCGGCAGUUUCAGGAUCACCUUAUUAGUUCAAGAAGAGGGUUGUUGCGGAGUGCCAAGGAAUACAUCAGGCCGAGAAUUCAGAUCUGCAUAGAACCAAAAUGGCAGCCAGACGGAUUACCCAGGAGACAUUUGACAGUGUGGUACAGGAGAAUAUCAGUGAGUUUGGCAUGGAUCCAGAAGAAGCCGUGAUGGAAGCUAUCCAGCAAUUUGAGUCUCAAGGUGUGGAUUUGAGCAACAUAGUGAAGGAGGCUCCCAAUCCUGCUCCUGAGAAUGGUCAAGAACAGAAGCAUGCUGUUUUACAGACAUUGGACUCUCUCCAGAAAGCUGUUGUUGACUCUGACUCUAGCAAAGUAGAUGAGCUCCUCGUGAGCUUUGCUGAACAGUGCAGGCAGGACCUGGCAAUCCGUUACCUGGCAGGGCAGAAAGGGGCCUACCCUGCCGUGCUGGCAGCCUGUCGCUUGGCGUCUGAGGACAGGUGCUCUCUUCUGAAAGCCCUCGACGCCCUCUCUGCGCUCCUGGAUGGCCAGCCAGAUCUCCUUGAUGCCUCUGGACAGGAGCUGCUGCUGCGAGUCCUGCGGGAGAGCCGGGACGAUGCCGAGCUGACCUUUGCCGCUGUCCACGGCAUCCGCCACCAUACCUGAAAACCACGAGCAGGAACAGCUUGGGACCACCGUGAGAGAAGCGGUGCCCCUCAACUUCUGCUUGGCGCCAUCAUCCGACCACGAGGGUUGUGCCGAUGUGAAUCGGGAGGAGCCUGCUUUCGGGGCUGCGCAUCCAUGACAUUUGGCGACUGACAUCCGAGGUGCCCCAGCCCAUACGAAACACAUAAGAUGAUUGUGGUGGAACACGAUGGCUUGAGGAUCCUUAUAGAGGCUGCAAAAGUUUUCACAGAUGAUUGCAGCGUCCUCCGCGAAAUCUGUGCUCCUCCCAUCUGGCUGUCAGAUGAGUUUGCUUGGGAGAUGGAUUGACAACAGAGCUUAAAUUUCAUGGUGGCAUUGCUGGCUGAUUGUAUUGACCAUCAGGGACUAUUGCAGGCUCUGCCUGAGCCUCUGGACCCAAUCCUGUCAGCACUACUGGAGGCUCAGACUCUGAGCCUGCGAGUGUUACCUGGGCCUCUGGGGCCAAACUGUGCCCUCUCCCCUGUUUGCAUCCGAGGCAUCUUCUGCUGCCUCCAGGUGUGUGAGCAGAGCUGCGCGGCUCUGUGCAUGCUCGCUUUGCGCAAACCGGAGAACUGCCGGGUCAUCAUGGAAGGGGGAGGGGCCUUGGCAGCGCUGCAGGCCAUGAAGAUGCAUCCCAGGGAAGUCACUGUGCAGAAACAAGCCUGCAUGCUGAUUCGCAACCUCGUCUCCCACACCCGGGACUUUUCCCAGCCCAUCCUGGAAAUGGGAGCGGAGAACUUGAUCACGGAAGCCCGGGCAGCACACAGAGACUGCGACGACGUGGCCAAAGCAGCCUUGCGGGACCUCGGCUGUAAGGUGGAGCUGCGGGAGCUCUGGACAGGCCAAAAGGGCGGCCUCGCGCACUGAGACGGCGGGGCUGCAGUCAAGCCGGCAAGACCUGCAGAGUUCUCAUAGGCUGAAAGGAAUGCGGACUGGAGUAAAGCUCGGCUUUGUAGUUGAGGGGGAUGAGUGGGCUCAUGUGCCCCCUUCUGGCUCAUGGCAACCGGUAGGCCCACGUCAUUGCCUGCCUGGGCUGGACAUACAGUGCCCCAACGGUGUUCUCUCACGCUUGGUUACUCCUUUCGCCAGGAUUCCUUGUAGGCUCUUCCUGCUCUAGAGGAUCGGCUUGCCCCUCGAGAUAGGAUGGCGUUGUUGUGUGGCCACUGCACUUACAACCUUAGGGAACGGAGCCUGCCAACUCCUUCUGCAAAGCUGGGCUGUGUGAAAGGCAGGGGGGGGGGGGGUUGGAGGAGAUGGAUGACUGUCUGUUCGCCACCACUGUAAGUUGGCCCCUGCCUGGAUGGUGGGAGGCUGGUUGGUCCCACAACUAGGCCUCUGUUACUAUGGCAACUGCUGCUGGUCCCUGCUGUAACUCUGUUUGCUCUUCUACUGUACUUCCCUGCUUCUCACCUCUGAGCACCAAGCUCUUUCCUUGUGUCAUCCUGGUGUCGUUAAACAAAGAUAUGCGUGUCUACGUGUGUGAGUCUGUUUUGCUGUUUUUCUUCAACUUCUUUAAUCUUUCAUUUUAUUUACAUAUAUUUAUAUAUCAGAUUUAAUACAUCGCCCCAGCCCCAAAGGGCUCUGAGCGACGUACAACCAAUUUUAACCUUGCUGUAACUGAGUUCAGGCCAAGAGGUGGGCUGAGUGUUGUUUGGGAGCACCGUCAAUCUCAAAACAAUUAAAUGCCGCUUUCCACCCUUUU